GCCACCUUUUUCCAGUGGACUGGAGCGCAUCUCUUCACUUUACCGUACUCCCAAACUGCAUCAUUUUCCGGCAAAAAAUGUCGACUGGAAUGAGCAAAUCCAACAAGCUCCGACGCAUCGUCAGAAUCCGUCAAAUGCUACAACGCUGGCACAAGAAGGCGCACCUCAAAGCCGCCUCCCCGUCCGACGUCCCCGCAGGACACGUCGCCGUCUGCGUCGGCAGCAACGGCAGACGGUUCAUCGUGCGAGCAACGUACCUGAACCACCCCAUCUUCAAGAAGCUGCUGGUGCAGGCCGAGGAGGAGUAUGGCUUCGCCAACCAGCCGGGACCUCUGACCAUCCCAUGCGACGAGUCGUUCUUCGAAGAGGUUCUGCAGGUGCUCUCCAGGUCGGAGUCUGCAGGUAGAUCCGGGAGGUUCUUGAGCUUGGAGGAUCUGCAGAGACCCUGCCAUGUUGAUAUUCUGAACAAUCUUCAGGUUCUGGAUGAAUCAUGGCCUUUGCUUCAUGGGAUGGCUGAUAAGUCAGUAUGUUAAUGAAUUAGAUCCAUGCAUGUUUCAGUACUGGAGGGUUGAGCUUAGAGAUCACUAUAUAUUAUAUGUCAGCUGGGAUUCCGAGUUGCAAGAACUUCUAACAUUUUUGGUUUAACAAUACUGCUGUACGUAGUAUUUCUAUUAGGGCUUUCCUCAGAGGAGAAUUUGUGUAUUAAUUACUAAAUUUUUUCUUUUUAAGGGUUUGUAUUAAUUACUAAAUUGAUAUUAAGAAAUUGUACAACUUAAUGCAUGUUUUUUAUUUUUUCUCUUUUCCC